GGACUCACGCUCAGUCUGCCCGGCCUCUCCCGGGGCUCUGGACGCUACUGUGUGCAGAGCUCCAGAGGUCUGCUGCUUGAAGGGGCCUCAAGGAGCCAGCACAGAGCCCAGGUGGACAGCAGAGCAUGCUGGGAUAAUCCUGCCCCGAAAAGGAAAGCAGACGCUCCUGUCCCCAAGGAAAGCCACAGCGGUGUUUUGGUCUCUCCCUGCUGUCUUCAGGAGUCAUGUGGCUGGAACUUCUCCUGGCUUCGGUGCUGGGCCUUGUCAUCUACCGAUUUGUCUCCCGGGACAAGGAAGAAACCUUGCCCCUUGAAGAUGGAUGGUGGGGCCCCGGGUCGAAGCCCUCCGCCAGGGAAGAUGAGAGCAUCCGGCCUUUCAAGGUGGAGACCUCAGACGAGGAGAUCAAGGACUUACACCAGAGGAUUGACAGGUUCCGGGCAUCCCCGCCUUUGGAGGGCAGCCGCUUCCACUAUGGCUUCAACUCCAACUACCUGAAGAAAGUGGUGUCCUUCUGGAGAAACGAGUUUGACUGGAGGAAGCAGGUGGAGAUCCUCAAUCAGUACCCCCACUUCAAGACCAAGAUUGAAGGGCUGGACAUCCACUUCAUCCAUGUGAAGCCUCCCCAGCUGCCCUCAGGCCGCACCCCAAAGCCCUUGCUGAUGGUGCAUGGCUGGCCCGGCUCCUUCUAUGAGUUUUACAAGAUCAUCCCGCUGCUGACUGACCCCAAGCCCCACGGCCUGAGUGACGAGCACGUGUUUGAAGUCAUCUGUCCCUCCAUUCCUGGCUAUGGCUUCUCAGAGGCAUCCAGCAAGAAAGGUUUCAAUACGGUGGCCACUGCCAGGAUCUUCUACAAGCUGAUGUCGAGGCUGGGCUUCCAGAAAUUCUACAUUCAAGGCGGGGACUGGGGGUCCCUCAUCUGCACCAACAUAGCCCAGAUGGUUCCCAACCACGUGAAAGGCCUGCACUUGAAUCUAGCUUUCAUUACAAAAAAUAUCUACACCCUGACCCCUCUCCUGGGCCGGCGUUUCGGGAGAUUUCUUGGCUACACUGAGAGGGAUAUUGAGUUGUUGUACCCCUUCAAGGAGAAGGCUUUCUAUAGCAUCAUGAGGGAGAGUGGCUACCUACACAUCCAGGCCACCAAGCCAGACACCGUGGGCUGUGCUCUGAACGACUCGCCCGUGGGCCUGGCUGCCUACAUCUUAGAAAAGUUCUCCACCUGGACCAACCAGGAAUACCGUGAACUGGAGGAUGGAGGCCUGGAGAGGAAGUACUCCCUGGAAGAUCUGCUGACCAACAUCAUGAUCUACUGGACAACAGGAACCAUUGUCUCCUCGCAGCGCUUCUACAAGGAGAACAUGGGCCAGGGCAUCAAGGUCCAUAGGCAUGAGAGGAUGAAGGUCUUCGUGCCCACCGGCUAUUCCGCUUUCCCUUCCGAGAUAAUGCAUGCUCCAGAAAAAUGGGUGAAGGUCAAGUACCCCAAGCUCAUCUCCUAUUCCUACAUGGAGCGUGGGGGCCACUUUGCCGCCUUUGAAGAGCCCAAGCUUCUGGCCCAGGACAUCCGCAAGUUCGUGUCCCUGGCAGAGAGGCAGUGAUGCCCUCAGGGAGCAAUCUACAGCCUCAGCAGCAGCCCUGGCGUCUCCCCAGUCUCUCUUAAGAGAGAUGCCCUCUUUCUAAAGGAAGUUUCUGUGCCCUGCAGGCUCUGGAGCCUGGGUACCUCCUCCACCUCUCCCACCCUCAUGUUAGGUUACAGACCUUAAAACACACAGCCACGGGGCUGGAGAGAUGGCUCAGAGGAUAAGAGCACUGGCUGCUCUUCCAGAGGUCCUGAGUUCAAUUCCCAGCAACCACAUGGUGGUUCACAACCAUCCAUAAGGAGAUCUUGUGCCCUCUUCUGACCUGCAGGUGUAUAUGCAGACAGAACACUGUAUACAUAAUAAAUAAAUAAAUCUUUUAAAAAAAAAUGGCCACUUUAAGAACCAGGUACCCCGGCUCUGGAAAGAUCUAGCCAUGCUUUCCUGCAGAGGAGGGAGUAGUCCGGGGCGGAGAACUAACAACCGAGUUGUCCUCAAAGCCUCUUCCUCCACCUUGCAGCUGUGGUCGAGUAUAGACCUAUAAUCCCCUGUUGCCAAGACCCAAGGCAACUCUGAAUUAUGAUUUCACUCUUACCUAGUGCCUUCUUGCCCCCCCGCCCCCCACUCCUAGCACGUAAGCUAGAUCUCCUGGCAUGAGACCUCCCCGACUUGCGAAGAACCCCCUUUUGCCCCACAUCCUCAGAGGCUCUCUGGCUGGCUCCUUCCCUUUAAGACCCUCUUGUAGGUCAUAGCAUGCCUAAUAAAGUUUUUCUGGAGCAAAA